UCUGUAACCACACCCUGAGCUGGUUCCACCUGAUUUCUCAGGUAGCUACACACCGACAGUCUCGAGCGAUCCCGGACUUCCUCGUUCGCGGAGGCCAUGGACUUCACGCGCAGCGCUCGGAAGUAAAGAAGCGCGACGACCGGCGACCUCAUAAAGUCCAUAAACAAAAGCGGGAUGAACGAGAAGGAAGCCGAAGAAGCCGCGGCGGCCGUGAUGCUAAAACAAGAUCUGAGCUGGAUUCCGAAUUUUAUUAAGAAGAGAGUGUGCACAGCGUUCGUGGAGGACUCUUUCAGCAAUGGCGGUCGGUGUCAGUGCGGGGCCACGCGAGACUCCCACCCUUCGGUGGCCUUGGGCGAUUACUUCAGCACGGCCAUGGUCAGUCACUGGGACAGCACGCAGCACUCCUCCGAGCAGCCCACAGAUGCCUACGGAGAGCUGGAGUUCGCCGGGGCCGGAAAAAGGCACAGCCAUUUCUUGCGUCUCUCCAGCACCACAGACCCUGCCGUGGUCUUUAAUAUCAUGAGACAACACUGGAAACUGGGGCAGCCCAACCUGGUGGUGUCGGUGGUCGGCGGUGAAGGAAGGUCGAAGGUCAAGACCUGGGUGCGAGAGGUCUUGAGGCAGGGUUUGGUUAAAGCGGCACAGAGCACAGGAGCGUGGAUCAUAACCUCGGGGCUGAGGGAAGGCAUCGGCAAGUGCGUAGGAGAGGCGGUCAGAGAUCACGCCACCGCAGUGUCUUCUGUCAAUUUAAAUAAAGUGGUUUCUAUAGGCAUUGCUUCGUGGGGAAUGGUAAAUAAUCGCCUGCAGCUCGUCGACCCUGAGGGAAGUUUCCCCGCGAAGUAUUUUGUCCAAAACUCUCCGCGUGGCUUCUGCUCUCUGGAUAAUAACUACAAGGCUUUCCUUCUGGUGGACGAUGGGACCGAAGGACGUAAAGGAGGGGAGGUUGGUUUCAGAGGCCGUUUGGAGGAUUUCAUUUCACGUCAGCGUCCAGCUGGCAGCGCGAGCAUCGACAUUCCUGUUCUGAAUAUGUUGAUAUCUGGAGAAGUUUCCAUGGUGGAGGCAUUAGAAAUCUCCCUGAAGAAUUCAAUGCCCUGGUUGGUCCUGGCUGGCUCGGGUGGUCUAGCUAAUUUUGUUAGCGACAUUGUGGAGAAUGUGCCGUCUGCUCCGAUGUCUUCGUUUGGAGGAGGUCAGAAGGACGAAGCGUCUCCCAAAAUGGAGCUUAGAGAACGAAUAACCACUAAAGUCAAGAAACACUUCCCUUCGGAGCAAGACAUGGACAAGCUUGUUGAUAAGGUUUUAAGCAUCUACCAGAACAAAGACCUCAUCUCCAUUUAUCACGCAGAAGGAGCGGAUGACUUUGACACUGUGAUGCUUAAAGUGCUUGUUCAAGCGAGUAAACAGCGGGUUUCGGUGUCUACUAACCCCUAUGUUGAUGAGCUGAAGCUGGCUGUAACCUGGAACAGAGUGGACAUUGCCAGGAGCGAACUCUUCAGCGGCAACAUCGACUGGAAGUAUGAAGACCUUGAAGAAUCCAUGACCGAUGCCCUAGAGAAUGAUAAACCCCAGUUUGUGCGUCUCUUCACCGACAACGGUCUGAACAUUUUGAACUACCUGACAUACGGCAGACUGGAGGCUCUUUACAACUCCAUCUCCAACACCUCCCAGGCCGGCAUUCAGCUGCAACAUCUCCUGGAAGAGCGCAUAAAUGAGUCCAAUGAUCAGACGUGUAUAGUCAGCCUUUAUGAGGUGAGUCAGCUGCUGGAGGUUCUUCUGGGAGAGGUGUGCCAGCCGUUCUACAGGUCUGUAUUAAAAGUGGAUGCAGCGUCUACCAAAAGAAAAGCUUUGAAGAAAGUAUGCAAGGUCCUGAAGGAGGACUGCUUUUAUCGGCAAAACAUGUGCAAGCACCCGUGGUUAUGUCUCUUCCUCUGGGCGGUGCUGCAGAACCGUGGUGAAAUGGCAAUCUUCUGCUGGGAAAUGUGCGGCGAGACCGUUCUGACGGCUCUGGGAGGAUGCAAGAUAUUGAGGGAGCUGUCGAAACUGGAGAUUGAGACAGAAGCUAAGCUCUCUAUGAAGGAGCUGGCCACGAAGUUCGAGUGCAUGGCUCAUGAUGUGUUUAGCACAUGCUACCAAGCCAAAGCAAGUUAUUCCUACAAGCUGCUCAUCCGCAAGUCAACUCUAUGGGGUGACGCCACCUGUCUGAAGAUGGCCUUGGCUGCUGACGCCCGUUAUUUCUUCAGCCAUGAUGGCGUACAGUCCCUGCUGUCUCAGAUCUGGUGGGGUGACAUUGAAAGAGGAACAGAGCUCUGGAAACUCGCGCUGACGAUGAUCAUUCCUCCCCUCGUCUACACCAGCUUCAUCGAUUUCAAGAAAGAGAAUGCAGAGGAAGUGAAAUCAGUGAUGGGACCUCCGCCUUCAGCGACAGACUGUAAUUACGGAGAGACCGUCUUCUCCUUCACUGAAAUCAAAAACCAUGAAGGUGAUAAUGAGGACAUCAGGCGACCAACAAAAGGUACUGCUACAAAUUUCCGUCCCAAGAAGCAGCCGUUUUGGAUUUCCCGCUGGAAGCAGUUCUGGUACGCCCCCGUCACUUCAUUCAUCGGCAACGUCUUGAUGUACUUCCUCUUCCUGUUUCUGUACGCCUACGUGCUAUUGGUGGACUUCAAGCCGCCUCCGCCCGAAGGCCCUGCCGUUUCUGAGUACGUGCUGUAUUUCUGGGUGUUCACGAUCGUCUGCGAGGAGAUUCGAGAGACAUUCAUUGUGGGCAGUAAGUCGUUUGGUCAGAGGUUGAUGCUGUAUGCUCAAGAUAUGUGGAAUAAGUUUGAUGUUCUUGCCAUCUCCCUCUUCAUAGCUGGAUUGUGCUGCAGGAUGUUCAGUUGGUCGUUCAACAUGGGACGCGGUAUACUGUGUAUGGACUACAUGGUCUUCACGCUCCGACUCAUCCACAUUUUCGCCAUUCACAGACAGCUGGGUCCCAAAAUCAUCAUACUUGGUAAAAUGAUAAAGGAUGCGUUCUUCUUCUUAUUCUUCCUGGGGGUGUGGCUGAGUGCGUAUGGAGUGGCCAAUCAAGCUCUGCUAUACCAAUACGACCCAAGCCCUGAUAGAGCAUUUCGACGGGUCUUGUACAGACCAUAUUUGCAUAUAUUUGGACAGAUUCCUGUGGAAGAAAUAGACACUGGCAAGUAUUGGGAUAGAGACUGUACAGAUAAUCUGACACUGAUUAAUGAAGGGAAAGAGCCGUGUAGAGACACCAGCCACAACUGGCUUGUGGUCAUUUUGCUGGUCAUAUUCCUACUGGUCACCAACAUCCUGCUAGUCAACCUUCUCAUUGCCACAUUCAGCUACACCUUCUCUAAGGUACAGGAGCACAGCGACACGUACUGGAAGUUUCAGCGGUAUAAUCUGAUAGUGGAGUAUCAUUCCCGUCCGACUCUCGCUCCACCCUUCAUCAUCCUAUCCCACAUCAAUCUCUUAAUCAAAAGAAACUUGCGCAAAGUGGCAUCCACCAAAAUCCACCGGUUUGCGUUGCAGUUGAAGGGUAGAGAAGCUAACAAGAUGGUGAAAUGGGAGAACUUGCAGAAGGAGAAUUUUCUGUCUCUCGAGAGCAAAAAACUAAGAGGGACAGACUCCGAGAGGCUGAAGCGCAUGACUGCAAAAGUGGACGGUGUCAUUAAACAGGUCGGUGAGAUCAGAGAUGUUGACCGCAGACUUCGAGCUCUAGAAUCAGACAUGGAGUUCUGCACGUCUUCUCUUCAGUGGAUUAUGGAAGCUCUGUCUCAGAGCAGUACAGUGAAGAGCCCUAAAGCACACCCGACUCGCAAAGCCGUCGUUUCAGCCUCCAUUGAGAAAUGAAAAAAAACCCCUACGUUCCUGUAUUCGUCUUCUGUCUCUCACCCUCGCUGACACAUAAACCAAGAAGCUGCAGAGAGAUAGUGAAAGGCGGGCCGACGACCUGUCACAAAAAAAAACAAACAAAAAAACUGCCCGUAUUGUUCUGCUUUCCAUUUUUAAACUGGUCAUCCUGAUCUUUUCGUGGCUCAUCCUGCUCCUACAAGUUUAGUGCUCCCACAUGACUUGUCCUGGUUUUCCAUGUGACUGUGGGAAGAGAACAGGGCACAGAAUGUCCUUGACCUCACUGUAUAAUAAAAGGUCAUUUAUGUCAUGUUACACUCAUAGACUACUUUUAUCGUUAGGUUUUAUUAUAAGGGCAGGGUAACUGUCUUCAUAGAAUCUGAUUUUAUAGAGCUAUGACAUUGUUUAAAAGAAAAAUGAGGAAAUGUUUUUGAGUAAUGGCUUAAAGGGGCAGUUCACCCAAAAAUUUAAAUUCUCUUAUCAAUUACUCACGUUGUUAGAAAUCUGUAUGAAUAUCAUGUAUGAACAAAGAAAGUAUAUUGUAAAUUAUAAUUUGUAUAAACAACUUGCAUUAAUUAUGUUUUGGCACAGUUACAUGUUAUAGUACAUGAAAUGACUCUAAUGUUCAAAACAGAUGUUUUUUACUUCGUAAAAACAGAUGUUUAUUAACUUUAUUUUACAAACCAAACAAAUUCUAAAUCUAUAAUUAAAUGCUUUUUGCACUCAAAAAUGGAACUGGAAUGCUGCAAGAACUGUUUACAUUUUAAAUAUAGCAAAAUAUUUGUUCAUAAGAUUUAUACCGUAAUUGCAUUCUCUAACAAUGUUUUGGGGUCUAUGCGUUUAAUUUUGUGAUGACAUUUUUUAUGAGUUCUUCGUUGUCUUAUUUGUGAUAUUGUAUUCUUUUUUUUUUUUUUUUUUUUGUAUUACAAAAAUGUAUAUGCAUUUUGAAACCACAUCUGAUGCAACUAUUUAAAGGAUUGCACUGUUUUGGCAACACCAGCUGAACCGAAUGAGCAGACAGAGAGGAGAUAAAUAGACUGCAUGUCCAAGUUUGCAUCUCAGAUUUCAGGGGCAACAAAAAUCCUUCACCGUGUUCUCUCUUCCCCCGACCCUCACCCCUCCAAAACUAAAGCUUUUCCUGUGGACUCUCUGUACUUUUUUGCCACUGCUAAGUUACUGUAUUAUCUACUGAAACAGGAAGCUUGGGUGGGACAGUUAGUCGCAUAAAAAAAAAAACGGCAAUAAUUUUAGUUACGUGACAGCCAAGAAUUAUAAUUUGAGAGAAACACAGCCUUUCAAAAUUUGAAAUCAGUUAAAUCGGUUGUUUAUUAUUAUUAAAAUGCUCAAAGCCUAUGUGCUGGUGACGCUGACGGUCAAAUUAGUGUAAAUGCAAUGCUUUUGCAAAUGUUGUUCUUAAAAAUGUAAUCUAUUAAAUAUAUAUUAUUCUUUCAAACUCCA